UGUGAACAUGAUAAACCCUGAGAUCGAGGACUGUACACAUCAGCGACAGGUGCUGCUGACAACACACAAAGAUGACGUCAAUCCACGUACUAAUUUCUAUGGUGGGAUUUGCCCUUGAAUCGGCCCUCUUUGCAAAUGCCUCCCCCAAUAUCGUCAUUUUCAUCGCCGACGACCUUGGUUACGGUGACGUGGGCUGUUUUGGUAACACUUCCUUAAAAACCCCCAACAUAGACCGUCUGGCAACUGAGGGUGCUAAGAUGACACAUCAUCUAGCGGCUGCGAGUAUGUGUUCCCCGAGUCGCACAGCGCUACUGACGGGUCGCUAUCCGGUCAGAUCAGGUAUGGUGCCGUCCGGACACAUUCGAAUCAACACCUUUCUAGCCUGCCGUGGGGGACUUCCUCACGGCGAGAUCACCAUAGCAGAACUGGCAAAAUCGGCGGGUUACAAGACGGCGUUAAUAGGGAAGUGGCACUUGGGGAUGAGUCGUACCAUUGGCGACAAUGUUUAUCAUCCAAAGAACCAAGGAUUUGACAGCUUUUACGGGCUUCCUUUGACAAACCUUAGAGAUUUUGGCGAUGAUGGGGAUUCCAUUUUCAGGGCAUACAUGCCAGCAUGGCUGUGGCGGUGUUUCGGUAUAACAAUGGUAGGCUGUUUGACGUCUCUUGGUCUCUACAAGCGGGCCUAUGUGGGAGCACUGUGUUGUUUAGUGUUAGUUGUACUAACUGUAGUACCAGUGGGAACGUUCCUAUUCGUUGUUACUAAUAUGAAAAUACUGAAUAGUAUGAUUUAUAAAGACUUCGAUAUAGUCGAGCAGCCUAUUCGGCUUAGAGGAAUGACGCAAAGGUUUGCGAAGGAAAGUGUAGAAUUUUUAGAACAACAAAAAAUCGAAAGAAAUCCGUUUUUGCUGGUUGUUUCUUGGACACAUGUGCAUACGGCCAUCCAGGUGACGAAAGAAUUUCGUGGUCGAACGCGACAUGGUCUCUAUGGGGAUGCAGUGGAGGAACUUGACAGUGGCGUAGGUGAAAUCACGGAUGCUCUAAAUAGACUUGGACUUAGAGAUGACACUAUUGUUUAUUUUACGUCCGACAACGGAGGCUAUUUAGAAGAAAAGGGUCUCCAUGGAGAAAUGAACGGUGGAUACAACGGUAUUUUUAAAGGCGGGAAAGGACAAGGCGCAGUUGAGGGUGGUAUACGCAUGCCCGGAGUGAUUCGAUGGCCCGGUAAGAUUCCGCCCGGGACUGUAGUCAACGAGCCGACGUGGAUGAUGGACAUGUAUCCGACACUGGCGCGUGCAAUGAGGGCAGAACUACCCAGCGAUCGUCCACUAGACGGAAAGGAUAUCCUGCCCCUCCUCAGACAGCAGGACACGGUGUCCCCUCAUACAUUUAUGGUUCAUUACUGUGGGAUCGAUGUACAUGCUAUCAGAUAUAGGCCAAGGACAGGUAUCAAGGUGUGGAAGUUGGUCCUGAGGUCACCUAACUAUGUCUCGGGAACGAACAAGUGCGUUCCCAUAUGUACCUGUCCAGAUGCGAUCAUUCAUAGUGUACCAUUCCUGUAUGAAUUGACAUCUGACCCGAGUGAAGCAAAUCCAUUAAACUACUCAGGCAACACUGACCUUGAGAAGGUUGUAGCUAUAAUACAACAGGGCCAUGGACGUCAUAUCAGGUCUGUCGAGCCCGUGGAAAUCCAAUUUUCUACCCGAAAUCUCAUAUGGAGGCCUCACCUGCAAGUUUGUUGUAAUUUCCCCAGUUGUCACUGUAAAGAUCCAAAGUAUGCUGACUAUAACUGACAUCAGGUCAUACACGGUUAAUAUUGUGUGUUAAGGAACAUCAACAUUUGCUGUACAGUUUGUGGUUGUGGUAUACAUGUUCAAUUUGUGAUUGUUAUAAAAUUGGGUUAACAGUAUAUUGUAUACUAUUUGGGAUUGUGAUAAUAUUUUAUACUAUUUUGGAUUGUGAUAAUAGUGUAUACUAUUUGGGAUUGUGAUAAUAUUGUAUACUAUUUGGGAUUGUGAUAAUAUUCUAAUAAAAUGGACAAAAAUAUAUAACAAUGUUCAAAAUUUGGAUCAGCAUUCGGCUUUCAAAUGUAAUGUGACAUUCCUGAUAUGCUGAUAUUAAAUGCAUUAUAUUGUGAA